AAAAUUAUAAAAAAAUUAAAGCAACCUUUGACUUUUCAGAGAUUUUAAGUUUUUUAUGCCCAUCAAAGACAAAACGUAAGAAUUAUAAUAUAAACAAAAGGUGCUUCUUUCCCAUGAAUUUGCAUUUGUGCAUAACAUUACCUUUAAUUUCGGAUGUUUUGGUUCAUUUAUAUUUUCCCUAAGUGGACAAUAGAUGGCAGCACAAGGCAAGCACGACGUCACACAUUUCUGUAUGUUUAAGGAUCACUGCAUGGAUCCACAACAUCAACAUUUCACUUUCAAACCUAUUUGUUUAGUUUUCACUGUAAUAUUAUAGUAAUAUCAAUCAGUGGGUACAUUUUAAAGCAGGUUAACCUCCAUUAAACCAUCCAGCAUUUGUUGUGCUGUUUUACCCUGAGGGAGCAGUUAGACUGGUUUCUGUGUUAGAUAGAUCCAGUCAAACACUGACACUCCCUCCAGACUCACACGUGCUUUUGCCUUUAUAAGAGUUCAGGUAGAGCAAAAAAAGGGGUUGAAUGUUUAGACACGUCCCAUUAGGUGAGGGAGAAGAGAAAUGCACACACUUUGACAAUAACACAAAACAAGCUGCUGUCAAGACAGUCUGACCUACAAAGGUUGCAGAGGUGUGAUCAGUAGUGAAGAUGGAGGGCGUCCUGCAGGCCACGCUCUUUAUCUGUGUAUGUAAACUGAUGUUUAGUGUGGUUCUCUGCCUGCCUUCAGUCGUGCGUACGUACACCGCCGCCGGUCUGUGCUGCAUCUGCCUGCUGUUAUUCACAGAUUUCUUUAUCGCCCUGAUCCUGAUCUACGUCCGGAUCAAGGAGUGUUGGCUGACGCCUUUCCAGGUGUCCUCCGAUGUGAUUGCGCUUCGAUUCCUCCUCUUUCUCUGCCAGGCCUAUGGAGUCGUGAUGCUGUUGACUCCACCGCUGAUCGCCGUCGAACUGUUGAUUAAUCUUCUGCGCUCUCAAGACAGUAAAGAGGACGCGGAGGUUGAAAACGAUGCAAAUACGUCUCUCUCACAAACAAUAGGAUACAUCAGUUGUCUUUUUGUGUGGAUCAUGAGUGGGUUUUACAGCAGUAACAACUUGAUGCUGGGUCAGCUUUCUACAGAAAACUGUUUGGAAAGAGAGUCUUGCAUCAUGAACUGUCUUCCAGGCUUUCCAAUGACCCAAUCUCCCGGUCUGGAUGAGUUUUCCUGGAUCGUUCCGGGUAUGGUGCUCCUGUUGAGCUUGACGGGUGGACUAGGCCUACUGAAGACUAAAGCCUCUCAAAAAACAUUAAUACACCGAUGUGGGAGUAAGGAGUCUUUUGACACCAUACAGCGUCCCACAAUUGACAAAGCUGCUCAUCUGUACGCGUCAACGCAUCCAGAGAAAACACCCGACAGCUGUGCGGUUCACAGGGUUGGGUUUGUUUACAAUGAGGAACGAUGGUUCUGCCCGGAAAAUGUCGCCCUGUGUACUUACCAAACAGGUUUUGUUCGGCAGCAAAAUCUAGGAACUGGCCAUGCACCAUUUUCCCAGUACAAAACAAAACUUCCACAGGAGAUCACAUCAUUAGAAGUUGAUAAAAUGAAGCAUUGCGACUAUAAAAAGACCGAACCGGUCUUGAAUGAAACACUUGGGACUCAAAGAAAACAUUCUUGCCAUCAUGAAACGGAAAGUCCCUGCCUGGGGGAAGAAAUGUUAAAAGGACUUGUGUGUGCCGUUCUGGUUUGUGUUUUUCCCACAGUUGUUAGCUGUAAUGUUUUUCUUAUCUUAAACCUAGAGACUCUUGUGGUUCAUACUGUGAAACUGUUAUCUCUGUCAGCACACCGAGUCAAUCCUCUUUAAGUGAACCCCAAAGAUGUGAUAGUAUAUGUAUGACGUGGUACUUGCACAAGCACUGAAUAUAACUAUAUUCACUAAUUCGGGAACGUCCAUUUGGGCAUUAGAGAAUAUAUAUAAAUAUAUUUUUUAUAUAAAACAAGCAGUGAUCCAAGCCAGUCAACACAUACUGCUGGUUAAGGUGAGUACUAGUAAAAACUGAAAUAAAGAGGUGAGCUGCUAGCUAGAGGACUUGU